AAGGGAUUACGCCCGAGUUUUUUUUCAAGUAUUUUAGAUGAGGAGCUGAGGGUUUCAUUCGUCGUCUUUCGUGGGAGCACGAAGGGGAGACUGAGGGAGACUCGAUCCCUUCUUCUUGAGCAGAAGUAGGCGUCCUGCAGAUCCGCCAUGGCUUCCUCCGAUGAAAAAUCUCCCAAAGGUGAAGCACGUUCUACCGAUUCACAGUCUCCAAGUGGAAGGGCACCUUCUGGGACUAUUCCAGGACUUAUGCCAAAUCCAUUUGACUUCUCAGCAAUGUCUGGGUUGCUUAAUGACCCCAGCAUAAAGGAAUUAGCAGAAGAAAUUGCAAAGGAUCCUGCUUUCAACCAAAUGGCUGAGCAGCUUCAAAAGAAUGUGCAACUUGGUGGUAGUGAAGGUUUUCCACAAGUGGAUACGCAGCAGUACAUGACUACAAUGCAACAGGUUAUGCAGAAUCCUCACUUCAUGACCAUGGCUGAGCGCCUUGGAAAUGCUCUGAUGCAGGAUCCUGCCAUGUCAAACAUGAUGCAGAGUUUGACUGAUCCUCAGCAUAAGGAGCGUCUUGAGGAACGGAUGGCGCGCAUUAAGGAAGAUCCAUCUUUGAAGCCUAUUCUAGAUGAAAUAGAGAGUGGAGGGCCGGCUGCUAUGAUGAAGUACUGGAACGAUCCGGAAGUUCUACAGAAACUCGGUCAGGCAAUGGGUGUAGGUCCGGCUGGAGAGUCUGAAACGUCUGCUGCUUUGUCUGGAGCUGCAGAAGCUGAAGAAGAAGAAGAGGCAGCUGAGUUUGAUGAAUCUUCUAUUCACCACAUUUCUAGUGUUGGUGAUGUAGAGGGUCUGAAGAAUGCACUAGCCGCUGGAGGGGACAAAAAUGAAGAAGACUCAGAGGGUCGUACAGCACUUCAUUUUGCUUGUGGUUAUGGCGAGGUGGAGUGCGCUCGAAUCCUUCUUGACGCCAAGGCAUCAGUGGACGCUCUCGACAAGAACAAGAACACCCCCCUCCACUAUGCGGCAGGAUAUGGCAGGAAAGAGUGCGUCGCCCUCCUCCUCGAGCACGGAGCUUCUGUGACAUUGCAAAACUUGGACGGGAAGACGCCUAUAGACGUUGCCAAAUUGAACGAGCAGAAAGAAGUCUUGAAGUUGCUUGAGAAAGAUGCGUUCCUAUGAGGGGGAUGCCCCACUUCAGAACAUAGAUCCGCUUCUUUGGUGGGUGCAGGGGCUAUCGAGUUGAAAGAAGAGGGGCUUUGGUUGAACUUAUUACCUAUUCUUCUUUUAAUUUACUGGUUGCUUGCAAAUGUUUUUGCCUGUUUAGUGGCAAUAUGACCUUUUGUGAAAUAUUUGCAUUACGAUGUAUGGAGUGUUUAUUUUGUUA